UGAUUCGUUCAUCUGUUUUUUUUUUCCUUCGCUAGUUUCAGUUUCUGCUUUUCUGGAUUAGUGCCAGACUUCAUUCCUGCACUUUCCAUGGCUUCUUGUUGAGUGCUACUUGUUUGAUUUUGGUUGUGUCUGGCUUGUGCACACCCCAUCCUAUGAUAAUGUGGACGUUUGUCUUGUCAGGUUUUACUUAUCAUAAUGUUUGUCUGCUGCAAAAGUGGGCUCUUCAGAUUUGUGGCCAGUUAAGAUUGUAGUUCGAUCUCAAUCUAAGAACAUCUUGUUACUUUUAGCGGUAAUUGAAAAAUAAUGUUACGGACAUAAACUCGCUAUUCUUUUGCAGAACAAAGGACGUUUGACCAAAAAAAGCUAUUAUCUGUUGGUCUUAGCCACACUUAUAAAACAAGAUUGUAAAAAGUUUGAAGUUGUACUAUUCCACCAAUGGCCGAGGAGACCAUUUACCUGUGUAACUUCCGGGUGUCUGUUGAUGGGGACUGGCUCUGCCUGAAGGAGCUAGCAGAUGUACACCUUGAGAUGGAAGAUGUCCAUAUGAUGGACCCUGAUGACCAGAGUGAUGGCAGAGAUCCUAAGACAAUUGAACGUGCCAAUCUGUUAAAUGUUUCAAAACUGCUGAUCAAAGAAAUCAUAGAUUCCUCAUUAGCUCAUGGUCGUAUGCUAGAUGAUGAUUACAUCCCCUUGCAACAGUUUUUUGUUGUCCUAGAACAUGUGGUCAGACAUGGGCUGAAACCCAAGAAAGGAAUCCUCAGUUCUAAAAAAGAAUUUUGGUGGGUGUUGGAGUGCAUUGAAAAAAUAGCUCCAGAGGCUGCUGAAAUAACUACAAGUGUCAGAGAAAUGCCUAAUAUCAGAACACCUCUAGGUAGGGCAAGAGCUUGGCUGAGGCUGGCCCUGAUGCAGAAGUCUUUGGCUGAUUAUUUUAAGCUUAUCAUUGAAAAAAGAGACAAUUUUUUAGUUGAUUUUUAUGAACCUGGUGCUUUCCUGCUGGAGGAGGAGGGUGUUGUCAUUGCUGGACUUUUGGUGGGUCUUAAUGUCCUGGACUGUAAUUUGUGCAUCAAAGGAGAAGACUUAGACCAGCCGAUGGGUGUCAUUGAUUUUAGUCUGUACAUGAAAGAUGGCAAAUAUAGUGACAGCCCAGAGGACGACAGAGGUGAAGGUGAUUCCAAAAUGGCAACUAUUCUUGAUCAGAAAAACUACUUGGAAGAACUUAACAGACAUUUAAAUGCAACAGUUGCCAACUUACAACAGAAACUUGAACAAGUUCAGGCAGACAAUUGUUUGAUGAAAGAAGACCUGGCCAUUGCCAAAAAUACCAUCAUUACACUUCAGGCUGAGAUGGAGGCCUUGAAAAGUGAAAAGGACAGUGCUUCAACAGAUUACCAAAAACAGAUUGAGGCUGCCAAACAAGAUAUAGACACAGAGAGGGAGACGUACAUGACAUCACGAGCAGGUCUGGACAGCAUGUACGCAGAAGCUAAAAAGCAGCUGGACGAGGAGACAAAGCUAAGACUGGUGGGUCCUGAGCAGGUCUUUAGCCAGACUAACAAAGAUGUGGAGAAAGAGCUUGAGCUGCAGAUAAGUAUGAAGACAGAGAUGGAAAUGGCUCUAAGGCUCCUUGAAAAGGACAUCCACGAGAAACAGGACACAGUCAUCAGCCUUAGGAAACAGCUAGACGACAUCAAGACAAUCAACCUAGAUCUCUACAAUAAGUUACAGGCGUGUGAGAGUACUGUCAAACACAAGACUGAGAUGGUGAGCAAGCUGGAAGAGAAGACUAAUCAGCUGGUCAACGCAAUGAAAGAAAUGGAACACAGACUCAAACAGUCCGAGAUACACCGGAACGCCGCGGAGGAGACGGCCAGAAAGCUGGGACAAAUCAUUGCUGACAAGGACCAGAAAAAGUCUGCCUUAGAGACAAGUCUGCAGAUAGAGAAAGAAUGGAGGACCAGCUUACAAAACAACUAUGAGCAGGAGAAGGAGAAGGUGGCCCAGGCUCACAUGGAACUGGCUCAGAUGAACUCACUCAUCAAGGACUAUGCUCAACUAAUGAGCCAACAUGAACAGCUUCAGAGCAAGUGUAUGGAACAGGAGAGUGCUUUGGCUGAGCUUGGCUCCCAUCUCAGAGAGUCCAAGUUGAAAGUUGAAGAUUUAAGGGAAGCCACUGCAAUGCAGAGAGAAGCUCACUGGGCCAGUGAUGACACAGUCACUAACUGUAAACAGUGCACUAAAGAGUUCUCAUUAGCUAGAAGAAAACAUCACUGCCGUUAUUGUGGAGAUAUCUUUUGCUCAGAAUGCUCAGACAACAAAAUGCCCCUCCCCUCUUCAUCUAAACCCGUCAGAGUCUGUGACAAUUGUAACACACAGCUUUUGCACCGUUACUCAGCCUCAUCCUAGGAAUGUAAAGACAAUGCUGGACAUUGAAGAAUUGAGCAAUUUUUUUCUUUGUUGGCCAAGUCAAGGUGUAAGCUCAUGUCCAUCUCAACUGGCUUGUUGUGUUCAGUGAGUUCAGGACUUCUUUCAACCAGUGGCUCUUGUUUCUUUGCUUUGUUACUCCUUUUUAUCAAUAUUUUAUCAUCAGAUAACUCUGGGUCCAUUUUGGAGCUCAUCUAUUUCCUGAGUUAUCUCCUGUGUUAAAUGUCUGUUUUUUUACUACUACAUAUUUUGUAAAAAAAAAAAAGGAAACAGUAAGAAAUUUGAUUUUCUUAUCAUUUUUAUUUCCUAAUGAAACUCAAAUUAAUCCACUGACUUGUUUGGAUCUUUCCUUUGUUUCCUGCCUACAGAACUACAAGCCUAUCAAAACUAGCCGACAUAUAUAUUUCACAAAGAUUUCAAAUUAAUGCAAGCAAAGGGAGAUUACAAAGUUUCUGUUUAUAUUUUUCCAUGUUUAACCCAUUUAGUACCAUGGUGGCCAAAAAUGGCCUCUACCGAUUCAACCCCACAGCAGCCAAAAACGUCCACUUAGCAUUUGAUCUACCAGCUGCUAUACGGCAGCGUAUUAAUAACCAAUGAAAUAAAACUAUCGCUAGAUAUGUUACUAGCAGAUACCAAGAUGCUAUAAAUUUAUUUUUGAAAAACGUUGGCUGAAUAUAAAGAAAAAAAAAAAUAAUAUCAAAUCGGCUUUCAACACUCAUCAAUAUCUGUAAAUCACGGCAUUAGGUUGUCAUGUUUAGAUAAUGAUAAUGAAUUAUUUCAGGAGUUGAAACGAUUCAAAGUGAGAUGUUUAGGUACUGUAAAUGAUGAAAAUGAAAGCAGUGAUUUAGACUAGUUCUAGGCAUGAUUGUGCAAUAUUCUAAACUCGUCUUUCAACACUAGGUCCAAGACCAAGCUAAUUUAAAAACUUGUAGAUCUAGCACUUUGUCAUAGAUCUACAAGAUUAAAGAUUUCUAUAUAAAAACAUGAAGUCUUUAGACAUAAAGAGUAAUUGAUGCUGAUUAUAUUGCAGUUGUAUUUAUUAUAUUAUCUUUGGAAAUAGAUUUUUUAUUGAUGUUUUUGCAAACCCGCUAAGUUUUCUUGCGGAACUUUAUCCCUUUGACUAGGACUUGGGAGGUCCAAACUUUAGAGGGGCUGGUACUGAAUGGGUUAAUUUACAAUGCUGGAAUUAAUCAUAAAGGGAGAGUAACAUGUCCUGGCUCAUUAAGUCUCUUGUCUAGAAGAACUACUUUGAGUGUAAUGAUAGUUAAUGUUGAAUGUUAUUUACUUGACUUUUAGUUGGAUCUAGGAAUCAUCAAGCUCUCACUUCCAUCCUGUGGGUUUUACUUGGGAUUAGUCAGCAUUAGUCAAGUCACCAAUUAAAUACAGUCCAUUCCAAAACUAACAAUGCUGAUUUGGGCAUCUGACCACAACAAGAGUACUCAUACUAUAGUAAACGUCACUUACCAAAUCAGGCAUUUGUAUGAUGUUAACAAGAAAUAUAUAUAUAUAUAUCAUUUAAUAUUGUAUUUAUCAAUAUCUUGCUUCACUCUUUCUCUAACUGGUAACUGGUUAUAAUCUGGAGGUUAUUAGUUCAUCUGUGCAUAGCUGCUGUCAGGCUGGUCAAAUGUUAUAAAUAGAUCACUGUGUCUGUAGGAUACAGAGUAUUUAUUUGGAAGUUUGAAAUAACCUUGUGAUCAAAUGUAUACAUGUAGUGUGUGUGUGUGAAUGAAUGUAUUUACCAUUGCUGGAUUAGGUGUGAUUGUAUUUGUAAUGGUGGGCAUGGGUUUGUGACUUUCAGUACAAGCUGCAGUGCUAUUGACAAAAGAAAGAUAACUCUUUCAGAAGUAAUGUGCUUCAGCAUUGCAUGAAAUCUGUUGUUUUAUCUAAGUUACAACAGAAGUAAUAAACAUUGAUAUUAGUUUGGUUUACUUUGAUAUUACUGACAGUAUCGUGAGACCUACAAGAUGCUGUGUUUUCAGUUUUAUUUUCUUAGGACUAUUAUAUUGGAUUAUAGAAAACUUUUUCUUUCAAGAUUUCAAGACUUCAAUGUCUGGUAAAAUAUAGUCCAUGACUAAAACUGGCCUGCCUCUUGUGCUGAGAACCUUCCUGUACAUAGUGUUGACAGACCAAGUCUUUGAACUAAAUAAGUGUCAAUAGAAUUCAUUGCUUUUUCUGGCAAUUGUAAAAUGUUGUAUUGAGCUUUGGAGCUCUUCACUGUCAUCUUUCUCUACAGCACCUGAUGCCCAACUUUUUCAUGUCAAAUAUAUUUCUGACAAAGUUCUAGGGUCUCAUCAUCACAAAAACAGUUGAAGCCCUUACAAUUUUAUUGUGCAUUGUGGGUGUACAUUUCGAAGGGCAUUACAAAUCAUGUGCGAGAUGUUGCCCGCAGCCUAUAAUUUGGUAUAUCUAUGUUGUACAGCUUAGCAGUGAAUGAGGCUGACUUGUCCAAUAAUUGCAUGAGCUGUCAGCCUGCCAGCAUUCCUAACAAACUUUGCUUGUUGGUGCCACAGGUUAAAUAGGAUUUGUUUUUUUAAAUAGGAUAGUUACCAUCACAUCCGUUGGUCAAAAUGUAAGCUAGUAUCUCUCUUUGUGAAAUGUAAGGUAGUAUCUCUCUUUGUGAAAUGUAAGGUAGUUAUCUCUCUUUGUGAAAUGUAUCAAGUGUAGCAUAGACCUCUUUUUUUUGUAAGUAGGGAGAGACAAUGCUGAUGUGAAUAAUUUGCCUUAGUUGUCAAAUAAUACAUAUUAAAACUGAAAUCUUCCUAACAUUCUCUAGGCAUCGGUCUUAGAAGGCCUGUACUUGCAAUAUGGGUAAUUCAAUUAAGUUAUGAUAAAUACAAAAAAUACAAGAUAAAACUCGAUACAUUCAUUUUUUUAUUGUUACUAAUCUCCGGGCUGAAUUAUGCAUUUCUGUAGCCUGCUCAAUUUAUUAUAAGGGGGCCUCCACUUUGCACAGGAAAUGUUUUAAACAUCAUACCAUGCUUGUGUCUGAUGUAUGAAAUGAUCUCCAGUGGUGUACUGUAUAGGCAUAAGGAAUUUGUCCCCUUGUUGGCUCGGCCUCCAGCCUCACAUUGGACCGUGGCUCAAUGGACCGUGGCUCAAUGGACCGUGACCCAUGAACAAACGAAUGUCAUGAAAUGGUCAUCUAGUUGAUGGGAGCCUUCAGACAGAACAGUGAAAGAGUCAAUCCUUCAUUCAGGCCACGAAACAAAUUCCUUACCCAGAUCAAAGGUUCCUAAAAGGGGUUUAUCUAAAACUUUUUCAGACAUCUCGACCAAGUGCAUACAAACAGCUCCUCAUGUCUUGCUCCUCGUGUCAUUUUACAUUGCGAUAGAUGUGAAAGUGUUCAUGCGAUGGGAAAUGAUGGCUCUUAAAGACUGAAAUUAGUUUAGCUGUACUUGAAGCUUCCUAGGGCUACUGUUGUUGUUUUUUCUGUAUUAUUUAAUUUUUAAUUCCAUGCUAAUAUGUUGAUACUUGUUUUGUUUUAACCACGAGAUUGAAGUUUCUGUACGUAAAACAGACUUUUAUCUUGUUACAUUUUAUCAUUUCUGAUUUAUUUUAUAAAUGUAAGAAUGGUUUCCAUGAUAUGUAAUAAAGUUAUCUUCUCAUGAACUUAAUAAAACAUUACGUUGACUAAUGAGA